UAGAGUUUGAGCUCCGUCGAGUUAAUUUCUUAUUGUCUGUUUUUCAAUUCAAAAUCAAUUUUAUACACAAUCAUUCUUGUUUCUUAUAACGUGUGAAUAUACCCUAUUGUAUUCUACAACUAAAACAUCCGGAUUGCUUUGUUAUCACUAGUUUUGUUUUGAUUUCCGGAGUCGCUAGCUUAUAGCCCGUUAGCAGCACCAGCGUGGUUGCCGCUAAUCCUGCUUGCAUUGUUUACACACUGCUUACACACAUUUCCAUUGUUUACUCACUGUUACUUGCUUUAAUGGCGAAUUUGUGUCCACCUUUGAGUGCAGGUGAGGACACGUUCGAGCUGCACUCGUUGCAGCUCGAGCUGGAGGCCGUGGAGAAGCAGAUCCAGGAGCUGUUGGUGCGGCAGACGGAGCUGAGAGAGCGGAGGGCCGCUCUGGAGUCCUCCCGGGUGAGUAUACAGCGUGAUACUAACACUCUGACCACCUCUACUCCGUGUGCUUCUCUGCACAGCUCCCGUGCACCCUGGACGCGAUCUUCCCAGAUGUCCUUCACUCCGGCGCCGGGACACCACGGACCCUGGGUGCAGCAGCAGCGGAAGACGCGAGCCAGGCCCCGGCCGAGGACCUCGCCCCCUCCGCCGCCUCCGGUCUUCGAGAUCUCCACCCGGAACCGCUUCGCUCCCCUCCGCGAGACGGAACGCGACGCUGUGAUCGUCGGAGACUCCAUUGUCCGGUACGUACGUGCUACUUUAGCUAAAGGUAAAGUCCACACCCACUGUUUUCCUGGUGCUCGCGUUCUCGAUGUUUCUGCGCAGAUACCCGCGAUCCUGAAGGACGGCGAGAGCGUCGGCGCGAUCGUCCUGCACGCGGGGGUGAACGACACCAGGCUGCGGCAGACGGAGGUUCUGAAGAGGGACUUCAGCAGCCUGAUCGAGACGGUUCGCAGCACGUCGCCCACGACGAGGAUCAUCGUGUCAGGACCCCUUCCCACGUAUCGACGUGGGCACGAAAGGUUCAGUAGACUUCUUGCUCUAAAUGAAUGGUUAUUGACAUGGUGUAAAGAACAGAAACUGCUCUUUGUUAAUAAUUGGAAUCUUUUCUGGGAGCGUCCUAGGCUUUUCCGUGCUGAUGGCCUGCACCCCAGCAGAGUCGGAGCGGAGCUGCUGUCGGACAACAUCUCCAGGACGCUACGCUCCAUUUGACUAGAAUUCACAAGCUCCAGUGUGGAUCCAGAACACUUAAGAAAAGAU